AUGUCUGUCGAAGGCGUUCGCGUGCUCGGCAAGAUCGAGGGUGAGCAGGCCUCCAUUCUCACCCCCGAGGCUCUCAAGUUCUUGGCCGUGCUCCACCGAUCUUUCGAGAGCACUCGCCAGUCGCUCCUCAAGGCUCGUCAGCUUCGUCAGGCGAGGUUCGACGGCGGUGCUCUUCCCGACUUCCUCCCUGAGACCGCUCACAUCCGAAACAACGCUACUUGGCAAUGUGCUCCCCCCGCUCCUGGUCUCCGUGACCGACGUGUCGAGAUCACCGGCCCCGUCGACAAGAAGAUGGUCAUCAACGCUCUCAACUCGGGCGCAUACACCUACAUGGCUGAUUUCGAAGACUCGACUUCGCCUACCUGGGCCAACCUCAUGGACGGCCAGGUCAACAUGCGCGCUGCCAUCAACCGCACCAUCGACUUCAAGCAGAGCAACGGCAAGGAGUACAAGCUCAAGCCGCAGGGUCAGACCGCCGUUCUCCUCGUCCGACCUCGUGGCUGGCACUUGAACGAAGAGCACAUUGUCGUUGACGGCAAGCCCAUGUCCGGCUCGCUCGUCGACUUUGGUCUCUACUUGUUCCACAACGCUCACGAGCUCGUCCGAUCCGGCUACGGUCCUUACUUCUACCUCCCCAAGAUGGAGAGUCACCUCGAGGCCCGUCUCUGGAACGACGUCUUCAACCUCUCGCAGGACUACAUCAAGAUGCCCCGCGGCACCAUCCGCGGUACUGUGCUCAUCGAGACCAUCACGGCCGCUUUCGAGAUGGACGAGAUCCUCUACGAGCUCCGCCAGCACUCGUCCGGUCUCAACUGUGGUCGAUGGGACUACAUCUUCUCGUUCAUCAAGCGUCAGCGUUACAACAGUGGCUCGAUCCUACCCGACCGAUCUGCCGUCACGAUGACGGUCCCCUUCAUGCAGGCCUACGUCAACCUGCUCAUCCAGACCUGCCACAAGCGUGGUGUUGCGGCCAUCGGUGGUAUGGCCGCCCAGAUUCCUAUCAAGGACAACCCGCAAGCCAAUGAGGCCGCUAUGGAAAAGGUGCGUGCCGACAAGCUCCGCGAGGUUCAGGCGGGUCACGACGGUACGUGGGUUGCUCACCCUGCUCUCGUCAAGAUCGCUCUUGAGAUCUUCGACAAGCAGAUGCUUGGCCCCAACCAGUACCACGUUCGUCGCGAGGAAGUCAAGGUUUCGGCUCUCGAUUUGCUCAACUCAAACGUUCCCGGCCAGAUCACCGAGGCCGGUGUCCGUGCCAACGUCGCUGCCUUGCUCGUCUACUGCGCCAACUGGCUCAAUGGUCUUGGCUGUGUUCCGGUCGCCAACAUGAUGGAGGACGCUGCUACCGGUGAGAUCUCGCGUCUUGGUCUGUGGUCGUGGGUCUACCACAAGCAAAAGACGGCUGAGGGUAACGCCAUCACGCCUGCCUACGUUGACCGCAUCCUUGACGAGGAGGCUGCCAAGGUCUCCAAGAUCGGUGCCAGCGUCGAGAAGGCCAAGCGCUACAUCGCCGACCAGGUUCGUGCUCCUGCACCGGAUGAGUUCUUGACCACCGCUCUGUACUCGCACCUUCCUCACCAGCACGCUCCUGCCCGUAUCUAA